GUGUUUUUUUAAUUCUAGUUUUCUCGCCAAUUAAAUGGAAAUCUCUCUCUCUCUUCCUCUCGCUCCCUGGAGUGACUAUGAUGAUAAUCCCUCAAAAUCUGCAGUUGGAGCCUCAAUUUCAAGGGACAGAGGCGGCAAGACCACCGCCAAUGGAAGCUCCAAUGGCGACCCUUUUGAUACGGCACCUACCAGAAGCCAUUCCGGAAGACACUCUCUCUCGACUCUUCUCCCACUAUGGUGCUUCCUCUGUGCGUCCAUGCGCUAUCAGUGGCCGAUUGAGGAACUGUGCAUUUGUGGAUUUCCAAAAUGAAGCGUUGGCUUUACAGGCGCAACGUCAGUUAAAUGGGUUGAGGUUUCUUGGAAAAGUCUUAAAAGUGGAAAGAGCCACUAAGUUAGGUCAGGAUGGUAAUAAACCCCAACAAGGUCAUUUAGAAGCUCAUUCCGGCAAGGAUUCAACACCAUCCACAUCCACCGCUUCUCUGGUCAACAGUGCUACUAUUUCUAAAGAUAAAACUGAACAAGUCUCCAGCUCGAAGUAUGCUUCACUGCCUUCUCCUGAACCCAUUGCCCCUAAACUUGGUGUGGACUAUCCGUUCCCUCCUCAACUUGAUGUGUAUUACAGGUAUGCUUACCCCCCACCAGAUGGUAAUAUACUGACCAACAUUGUAAAUGCUCUAAUCGCAGUUCCUCGCUUUUAUACACAGGUCUUGCACUUGAUGAACAAAAUGAACAUUCCAGCUCCAUUUCGUAUGGCUCUGCCCACUCCACCUUUACCAUCUUCAGUACCAGUGGCACCACCACCACCACCACCUUCCCCCCCUGUAGCUGCAAAGCAUCCCCUGGCAGAACUAUCCAGUGGUGAGUCAGAAAUGGAAUCUUCAGAUGAGGAGGUUGAUGAAAAUGGAGCUUCAAGAGGAAAGAAGCGUGUAAGGCGGGAAGCUAUUAUAGGCCCUGCAGUUGAUAAAAAUGUAGCUCAUGAAGCUGUUGGACUCAAAUCUGCAACUCUGGUUCCAAAAGAGAUUCCAGUGAUUAAAAAGAAUAAUCCCAUGUUACAGAUAAAAAUUACCCACAAAGUAGUUCAGGGUGAACAUAAAGAUGAUAGCAUUAGCAUUGCUAGAGAAUCAGAGGAUGCAGAAGAAGAGAGUUCAGCUAUCAAGCCUUAUGCAAAUCCAGAAGAAAUAGAAACUGGAAAGCUGCCUCCUGAGGAGAUUUUGUCACUUCCAAUGUUUAAGAACUACACAGCUGGACUUCCGGCCCCUGUGUUGUAUAUAAAGAACUUGUCCAAGGAUGUUGUUGUUGAUGACUUCUAUUACAUAUUUGGAUCAUUAUUUGGAAGCAUUGAUAUUGCAAAGUCAAGUCUCAGCGUGAAACUAAUGCAGGCAAGAAGAAUGAGAGGCCAAGCUUUUGUGACAUUUCCAUCAGUUGAACUAGCUCAUCAUGCUUUGAAUCUAGUGAAUGGCUAUGUGUACAAAGGCAAGCCAAUGAUCAUACAGUUUGGCCGGAAUCCUUCUGCUACAAAACCAAAUUAAAUCGAUCUUCCUAUAGACAAUGUUCUUAAGGUUACUGCAUGAGUUUUCGAGGUAGAAACAAUGUUUAUAUUUUCAGAACUAAGGGAUAGGAACAGAGCAUUCUCUAUAUCUCAGCAAGGUUUAAGUUUUGGCAACCUGUGGGCUGUAGAUGAGAGAGAUAUCUCACUGGAACCAAGCUCACUUGGAUUCAAUCCUUGUGCCAAGAACACCCUUGGGUGUGAAUUUCUCAUAAUUCCCUUUGCUCAUCCAUUGGAAAAAUCCAUUCUUGAGGUUAGCUUUUUAGAGUUAAAAUAAUGUUGUAGGCUAGGAAACAUGAAAAUGAGAAUCAUGUGAACAUGUCAGUGCACAGUUGAGUGCUCUCUGACUAUACCGUGGAAUGAGAAAUACCAAUUUUGGAUAUUUGCUGUUGUAGCAGAUUUCCUCAUUUGGCUCCAA